GACAAGGGUGAGCGCAGCUAACUAGCAAUACUUUUACAUCAUCGAUAUUUUAUACCAAAAAAAAAUCCACUUUAUGUCCAGCAGUCAUUACUUUACAAAGCUGUCAAUGCGGCCCUGUCAGUUGAACUUAUUUCUCCCCGUUUAAAAACAAAAGUAACGCUGGUUAAAGGGACAGUGGGUGUAUAUGUCUCCCUGGACAUAGCGUGCAUGAAUCACCCUUUACCCUGCAUUCUCAUAGACCUCCUGCUGCAGGGUGUAAAAUGCAAACUGCGCGCUUUAAGCGCACAUGCCGAGGGACCGUUGCUUUCUGAGCUGCACUUUUUUGAAAUUUUGUUUUCUUGGGGAGAGCAGGAGCAGGAGGAGGGGGGACCCUGUUUUGUUUCCUCCGCGUUUUCCGGGUUUCGCUGGAUGAGAAGUUUCCUGUGUUUGUCGCUCGGUUGGCUUCGCUUCGCUUCUCGCCGGCUCCGGCCGUGGACUGACAGGCUGUGCGGGACCCCCGCCGCCAUCGCAGCUCCCGCGUCCCGUUAGCGAUCGAUACCGGAGCCGGAGUCGCCAUGGCGAGAGACGGCAGGAGCCUGGACGGCAUCGACCUCUCCAUGCUCCGGGAUCCUGCUGGGAUAUUUGAGCUUGUGGAAGUGGUUGGAAACGGGACUUAUGGGCAAGUCUACAAGGGGAGGCACGUGAAGACCGGACAGCUCGCUGCCAUCAAGGUCAUGGACGUGACGGAGGACGAGGAGGAUGAGAUCAAGUUGGAAAUUAACAUGCUGAAGACAUACUCCCACCACCGGAACAUAGCCACGUACUACGGGGCCUUCAUCAAGAAGAGUCCCGCAGGGCAGGACGACCAGCUGUGGCUGGUGAUGGAGUACUGUGGGGCAGGGUCUGUGACUGACCUGGUCAAGAAAACCAAGGGUAACUGUCUGAAGGAGGACUGGAUCGCCUACAUCUGCAGGGAGGUUCUCCGGGGUCUGUCACACCUUCACUCUCACCAUGUCAUCCACCGGGACAUCAAGGGUCAAAAUGUGCUGCUGACUGAAAACGCUGAGGUCAAGCUAGUGGACUUCGGUGUGAGUGCCCAACUCGACCGCACCAUUGGCAGGAGGAACACUUUCAUUGGCACACCCUACUGGAUGGCGCCCGAGGUCAUCGCCUGUGAUGAAAACCAGGAUGCCACCUACGACUACAGGAGCGAUUUGUGGUCUCUGGGAAUCACUGCCCUGGAGAUGGCUGAAGGAGCCCCACCCCUCUGCGACAUGCACCCCAUGAGGGCGCUCUUCCUCAUCCCACGGAACCCAGCCCCGAAGCUCAAGUCCAGGAAGUGGUCCAAGAAGUUCCAAACGUUCGUGGACAGCUGCCUGCUGAAGAACCACCUGCAGAGGCCAUCCACUGAGACGCUGCUGCGGCACCCGUUUGUCAAGGAUCUGCCCCAGGAGCGGCAGGUGCGCAUCAUGCUCAAGGACCACCUGGACCGGACACGGAAGAAAAAGGGGGACAAAGAGGAGACUGAAUACGAGUACAGCGGCAGUGAGGAGGAAGAGGAGGACGUGAGCGAAGACACAGGAGAGCCGAGCUCCAUCGUCAACAUGCCCGGUGAGUCCACACUGAGGCGGGAGUUCUUGCGGCUGCAGCAGGAGACACGCAGCUGUGUGGAGACGCAGCGUCAACAGAGGCUGCAACAGCAGCAGCUCCUCGACCAGGAGAGAUACAAGCGGCAGCUGUUGGCCGAGAGGCAGAAGCGCAUCGAGCGACAGAAGGAGGAGCGGCAGAAACUGGAGGAUCAGCGCAGGCAGCAGCUGGACGCCGGCUUCCAGUGGCCAGAGCUGCAGGAGAUGCUGUGGCAGGAUGAGGUGGAGCCUGAUGGCAGGCGUGCCUCAGGCGAUGGGAGUAACGUGAAGAAGCAGGGAGCCGGCCAGCAGAAGGUGGACGAUGGCGGCAGGCCUGCGGCCCCCCUCAAGGAGCAGGGGACGGCAGCCCCCCCACAGAGCAGAAAAUUCCACCGCACGCUGCCCAAGGACCAGACGCAGCUGCUGUCACUUCAGCACGACCACAGGCAGCAGGAGCCCCAGAAGGCCGCUGCCGGCCCCGCCCCCUCACGGCCCGGCCCCGCCCCCUCCCGGCCCGGCCCCGACCCCUCACGGCCCAUCGCCGGCCGCCACCGAGCGGUGGAGGAGUGCCCCCUAGUGGGCGAAGGGCCUCGCCACAAUCUGAACCGCGUGGCUGCUGGUCUGCCCUCCCACAUCCAGUCUCGCCUGGGCUCCGGCAGCAACUCAAGCCCCUGCACCCCCGCCCUACAGAGGGCCGUCCCCCAGCAGAACGCCAACCUGCGUUCCAGCAGGGACGCCCAGCACAGCAGCUCCUUGUCGGACAUGGCCACCACACCCCUGUCCCCCACCCUUGAUGAUGUAUUCUGGGACUUCCCCAACUCUGAAGAGCACCCCCCCAAGGUCCCAGAACGUACAACAUCGAAGAUCUACUGCAAGGAACUGUUGAGUCAUCAGAGGACGGGUUCCAGUGGGUUUCCAGCAUCUCCAGGUGGCAGGGGGAGGUCCCCUCACAGUGGCUCCACCGGCAGCACCCAGUUUGAAUUCUCCAAGAUGCUGGAAAGUCCACGUCUGCAUUCGCGCCAGCAGCAGUAUCGGGCGUCCCAGGAAAGCUCUCCCGGGGGCGUGAAGCCAGGCUCAGCGCCACUGAAGGCUGCAGUGUACUCCUCAUCCAGUGAUGAGAUGGCGAGCAGCGACGAGGAUGAGAGGACCCGGCCUAGCCUGAAUAACGGGAUCCGGAGGUUUUACGGAUUCAGCCCUGACGGCGUGGUGCUGCGGCCUCAUGGCAACCUGAACCAGCAGCAGGUUCCCCCCCUGCAGCGGCCUCCAGUACAGGAGUGCAACCAGAACUACCUUCUGCCAGAUCUUCUGCAAAAAAGCCGCUGCUUUAGCAGCUCGGCCCUCCCCCAGGAUGGCCCCAAGUCCCCCCUGAAUCCCACAUCCCCACACCUCAAUUCCCCCACUGGCGGACAGCUGGGGAAGAGUGGCUCCUCCACAUCGUCAUCCCCCUCCUUCAUGCCUUUCAUCGACCCCCGGCUCAUGCAGAUCUCCCCCCCGCAGAGUCCGGUGGGCAGCAGCCCCACCAGCGGAAAGCCGGAGCCGUUCCGAAGGGAAAACCGCCGGAAGGGCUCCGUGGUCAAUGUCAACCCCACCAAUAUCCGGCCUCAAAGCGACACGCCGGAGAUACGCAAGUACAAGAAGAAGUUCCACACCGAGAUCCUUUGUGCGGGCCUCUGGGGCGUGAACCUGCUAGUGGGCACAGAGAGCGGCCUGUGGCUGCUGGACCGCAGUGGCCAGGGGAAGGUGUACUCGCUGAUCAGCCGUCGCCGCUUCCAGCAGAUGGAGGUGUUGGAGGGCCUCAACGUGCUCAUUACCAUCUCAGGUAAAAAGAACAAGCUCAGGCUCUACUACCUGUCCUGGCUGAGGAACAAGAUCCUGCGGAACGACCCUGAAGUGGAGAAGCGGCAGGGCUGGACAUCUGUGGGCGAGCUGGAGGGUUGUGUGCACUACAAAGUGGUGCGGUAUGAAAAAAUCAAGUUCCUGGUCAUCGCCCUGAAGAACGCCGUGGAGGUGUACGCCUGGGCCCCCAAGCCCUACCACAAGUUCAUGGCCUUCAAGUCCUUCACCUCGCUGCCACAAAAGCCACUGUCAGUGAACCUGACCGUGGAGGAUGGUCAGAGACUGAAGGUCAUCUAUGGCUCGCUGUGCGGCUUCCACGCCAUUGACGUGGACUCGGGGACACCCUACGACCUCUACCUGCCCACGCAUAUCCAGGGUCUCAUUCGACCUCAUGCCAUCAUCAUCCUGCCCAACACCAGCGGCACAGAGGUUCUGGUGUGCUAUGAGGACGAGGGGGUCUACAUCGACACCUAUGGGCGCAUCACCAAGGAAACGGUCCUCCAGUGGGGGGAGAUGCCCACUUCCGUCGCAUACCUGCAGUCCAACCAGGUGAUGGGCUGGGGCGAUAAGGCCAUCGAGCUGCGUUCGGCCAGCACCGGCCACCUCGAGGGAGUCUUCAUGCACAAGAAGGCCCAGAAGUUGAAGUUCCUGUGUGAGAGGAACGACAAGGUGUUCUUUGCCUCGGUCCAGUCGGGCGGCAGCAGCCAGAUCUACUUCAUGACGCUGGGCCAGAACUCCCUCUUCAGCUGGUGACACCGGGAGCCCGACAGCAGCGCUGGCAGCCUCGCCGAGUCCGGAUCACACCUGUACCCUGACCCGGAUCGGUGCCGGUCAACGAGCUUCCCAAGAAAUAGCGCUCACAUGAGUUGACGUGAAAAAGCAUUGUGUUAAAAGUCAGACCCAGUCAGGUUGGUCACUAAUAUUACUGUAAGUGCUCAGACACGUCAGGGUUCUGUCCGCGCCUCCAGCUUUUUGGUCGUGCAAUAAACACAGUAAGCGCAGCAUUUGAGACGUUAGCCGAAUACCUCAGAAGAGUAGCCUAGCUUGGCUGUUCCAGCCGGGAGUGACUGAGGCAGACACACACACUGGGAGCAGUCUCUCCGAAACGGAUUCCCUCUCUGACUGUAGCUGGCUAUUCCGUUUGUCAUGUGCCCCCAGUUGUUGCGAUACACCGUUCUGACCGAUGGCUCAGCUACACUCACACACACACACAGGCCCAUAGAUGCAGUGAUCCCGGGGAGGUAUGUGCUCCAAAGUGCCCCCCGCCACCCGCUUAGGCAUGUUGGGAUUCACGCAACGUGUGGGCUGCAGGCAGAGUGUGGUCCACCCCCCCGGCCUGCUGCAGUACGCCUAUGUACAUGGGCUGGUGUACAUAUUAAUUGCACUGUUUCAUAGUUAUUUCAUAUUUACUGGCCUCUUGCAUGUACAGUAUUAUUUUUACAUAAUAUCUACUCCUUUGCACUAGAAAGGUUAAAUGUAAAAUACCUGUAAGAAUUGCUUUACUGUAGUGGGCUUCUAAAAGAACUGAAGCUGGUUUAUUGUGUUCACUCAAUUUCAGUAUUAAUGCAAACAUUGACCCCCUAGAAUUAUUGACAAAUAUUUGGACUGGGGAGUGUGAUUUUUGUUCUUUUCUUUUUUUUAAUUUGGGCCUGAUUAGCAAACAAGACAGUAAUAAAUAUCUUGACUCUAGAUCAAACUACUUAUGCUGAAAUAUGCAUUAAAGGCUUCAGCCAAUUAAAGUGAGGCAAAAAAGCAGCAACC